AUGCUUCUGGGACAAAAGGUCAAUGUUUCAGUUAAUUUAUUUGUUGUGGUAACAAUUGUUUAUUUACCACUUUCAAACCUGGAAUCCCACUCGCACAACAGCUGGAGUGAGACAGUUCGCCUCAGGCACCUUUAUGCUGCCAGGGCAGGAGUACAUCUUCUGAUUCAAGAAGAUGGACAGGUUCUCGGCUCUGCAGAUCAAACUCUGUAUAGCUUGCUGGAGAUCCGACCAGUGGAUCCAGGCUGUAUCGUAAUCAAAGGCAUUGAAACUGAGCAGUUUCUAUGCAUGGAAGUGAAUGGGAGCCUUUACUCAUCGCACGUCUACAGCAGAGAUGACUGCACUUUCAGGGAGCAAAUCUUGCCAGAUGGAUACAGCAUCUACACCUCCGUCAGGCAUGGAGUACUCCUUAGCCUGGGAAAUCAUCGGCGGCGGCUACAAGGCCGGGACAGUGGUGUCCCAGCUUUGGCUCAAUUCCUACCUCGAAUCAGUACAGUGGGUCAGGCAUCAAGUCCGGCACUGCAGUCCUUUCAUCAUCCCACCCAAGAUACGUCACAAACACUACAAUCACUUGACAUGGUAGAAUCUUUUGGUGUGCUUGCAAGGAGCAUCCAUAGCCCCAGCUUUGAUAAGCGAUGAGGUAGCAGCAUUGAGGCCGCAAAAACCAAGAUUGCCUGCUCAAUGUCUGUCACAUCCAGGGAUGUCCCCAAGGAGGCUGCCAGGACAUCCGGUCGCCUCAGUGAAGUCCAGUCUGACCAAGCAGAAUCCAAGAGAUGGGGAAUGGAAU